UUUUGGAGUAGUUCCAUUGUUUUAACCUUGGUUUUUUAACUACCAUCUGUCAUCUCAUGAACAAAACAGAAAGUUAACCUGUCAAAAUAUCCAAAAUAUAUCGGGAAGUACUGUGAAAUAUGUGUAUGCAAAAUCAAUUUACUUAGUAACAAUAACACUGUUCAAUAGUCUUGUGAAGUAUAAGAAAAUGCGUAGUGGUUGGAAUACUUCCUGAGGUUUUUGAGGAAUCAUCCUCCUUUUGAGUUCCCAAAUUUACCCACAGGCUGAUUGAUGACAACUAGUCAUUUUUCGUUUGAUAACAGUAAUACAACAAAAUGUUUAUGAAUGAACUUAUGUGCAAUCUGCCAUUCAGCUGUAUGAGGGUGGCAAGAGAUUCUGGCUCUGAUGAGCUACUUCCAAACAAAUUGGCUAGAGAACCUGUCCUUUUAAAUGUCUACGACAUGUACAAAAUAAAUGAAUAUACUUCAAAUGUUGGAAUAGGAGUUUUUCAUUCAGGUGUAGAAAUAUAUGGAGUAGAAUAUGCAUAUGGAGGACACCAAUUCCCUAUCUCAGGAAUUUUCAAAAUCAUGCCUAGAGAUGAAAAAGACCUCGGAGACCAGUUUCGCUUUCGACAAACCAUACAAGUGGGUUACACAGAUUUUACUGAACAGGACAUAGAUAAAUUAAUCAACGAAUUAGGAAAAGAGUUUAGAGGAGACAGAUACCACCUUAUGAAUAAUAAUUGCAAUCAUUUUUCAAGUGCUUUCACAAAAAUCUUAUGUGGUCAUGAGAUACCUCCUUGGGUAAAUCGUCUUGCCUACUUUAGCAGCUGGGUGCCGUUUUUGGAAAAGUGUCUACCCAAAGAAUGGCUUAUGCCAAUGGCCUUACAACAUAGUCUCAACUAUAAUAGGAAUGAUUCAACAUGUUCUGAGAGUUCUACUUCACCCUACUGAAAAUGCCAAACUGAUAUCAGAAGACCCUGGUGAAUUUUAAUUUAUUUGGGAACAUUCUAUUAUUGAACUGAGAAAACAUAAAAAAUUCUGAAUUUAUCACUCUUAUUUAUUAAUUAUUAGGUAUUUUUGUCAGUACUUUUCAUUAUCAGAUGUUUCAAAUCGAACCAAAGAAAUAUUGAUGAUGAAAGUUAGUUUUGAGGUUUAUUUCAAUAUAUGGCUCUGAACAUAAAUUCUGAUGAGUCGUAUCAAAGAGUAUUUUUUGAAAUUCUUCUUGAUUGGAUUUGGUAACGGUUAGUAGAAUAUUGCUCAAUGGGUAUCAAUUUUGGAAUAAUAACAUGUUUCAGAAUGUUUCAUUCUCAUAAUAAUGGGAAAAAAAUUACGUGAUUUUAUAUAAAAAUCUAUAUUCAUUUUGAUUGCUUUGUCAAUUCUAUCUUGUUGAAUUAUUCAUUUCAAACUAUGUUAAUAGAUUGAAAAUGAAUUUUAUAAAAGACUCAUUGAUCUAAUAAAACUAAGCCUCAUUCCAUUCAAGUAGGAAGACUAUUUUCUGGUACAAACCUGCCAAUGAUUGUAUUUUAGCAAGUUCAUCUAUAUUGUUCAUAUUGUUGAUAUAUUAAUAUAACUAUUAUUUCACU